AUGGGAGGUGACAAGCAAGAACGAUUCAUUGAAAACGUAACAAAUGAGUGGCAGGAUCGAAGGGUGUCGAAGGCUCAAACAGAAAGUGUAGUCUUGUUGCAGGCUAUGGGAAAAGGUGUAUUGGCAAGGAAGAAAUUUGCUAAUUCAAUAAGGGAAGAUUUUGACCACCUGCUGGGUGCUUUUGUGAAUAUGGAAAAAGAAAAAGAACCAGCUGAUUGUAAAGAUGUGUUACGGUUAGGUCGGCUUUUUGUUCGAAUUUUUGAACAACCCUGGGACAACCAGCGGCUUUGUCAGCUGUGUCGUUGUAUGAUAUUAAGUAUGUCGUCAUGUAAUGUUCAUAAAUCAUUUGCUUCCCUUUUGCUAUCUAAAAACCAUCUUCAAGCAGCGAAUCGCUUCAUUAUCUCUGUAUAUUCAUUGAUCGCUUCUGUCACUGAAAAACUUCAGGUUGAAAAGGUGUCAGAAGGAAAAGCAAUAUCAUUGUUUAUCCAUUUUUUAAUCACAUUUUCAAGCGCUAAUAGUUGGGCCUUUGUGCGCAAUAAUGCCGAAAUCUGCUCUGUUUUCAAUCAGUUAGGUAAUAAAGCUCUCAAUACAACAAUUGGUGAAGAGUUACGAUACAUUCAAUUUUCGCAACUGUUAAGCAAAAUAGCAGCGAGUGGAAGACUUGCGCUUGGUGCUAGUGCCUUUAAUGGGCUCUUCAAUAUAUUAUUCAGGAUAUUGAAAAACUGUGAUUUCGAUUUUCAUGUGUUCAAUUUAUUUGUGGAAUACUGCCUUACUUGUCCGGCUUUACUUACUCAUCUCUCUGCAGCUAAUAUUGAUUUACUAGUGGAGAAUAAAAUGUUUGAAAAAGCCAUAGCUGUUCUAACGGCAAAUCGAGUCUUUCCGAAUAAUUUGGAUGGUAAUAGAAGCUUAUUUCUACUUGCCAAUCUAAUCCAUUUGAGUUAUCUCGACCAACAUAGCUUAGUGGAAUAUUUGAUUGAUUGGACAGAUAUAAUGAAUAAAAUGUUGACAAGAUGUGAUCGACUUGUUGCAAGGAAAAGCAGUCGUAGCCACUGGCAUCCUAUCUUUGGAUGGUAUUCGGAGCCACUGGACCGCAGCACGGAAGGUUCUCUGCCUCUUGUUGUACGCCAGUUGCAGUAUUUGUGGUCAAAACCAGUAGUAGCGUGUUUGUUUGGUCAAGUAUUACACUGUGAUCCGGAAAAACAGUCACUGUACCGUAAAUCUCAAUCAGCAGUUGUUGUGCAAAGUGACCUUGCGACAUCGAUUCAAAAGCUUUGGAAAAAAUUGAACAUAGUUCGUGCAGAAGCUCAAGCAAAUGAGGUCUCUGAACAGUUACCGGAGUUAUCAAUGACUGCUGUUAUAUGUCAGCUUUAUCAAAAUGCUUUACUUACGUUAAAUUCACUGCAUACCGAUAUAUUGUCUGGCUUGUGCCGAGAAGAUUUCCUUCUUCCACUUUUAUGGGGACAUAUUGUUGGCUUAUCACCAGUUGACAAUGGACUAUCUCACAUAAUUGCACUGGUCGCUUCGCAUCCCUCAAAAAUUACUCAUUUUGCCCCAAUUGUUCUAUUCGCUAAUUGUGCUGCUUCGGUCAUUUCAAUCCUUGACGAAGAAGAAAUGUAUGAGCAAGGUGGUCCAUUCACUCUGGACCAAUUGUGUGCUAUUGCCAAAUUUUGCAAUUUGUUUUGUUUCCGUGUGAUUUGGAACUCGUAUAUUGACCUGAAGCAAAUUUCAUCUUGCCCAUUAUUUGCAUCUAUUUAUCAGCUUUGUAUGUUACUGUAUAAUCGUGAUUGCCGAAGAGCUUUCUCAAAAGAUCAUAAAUUCUGGAUUGCUCCGGAUAUUAAAAGUUCACUCAUAAUGAACGAAUUCGAAAAGAAAACUGAACGUGCUCUUUUUCUGAUGUCUCAUAUGAGUCAUUUAGUUGCCUUACAUGAUCGAAUAGUUUUGUUCAGGAAGUAUAUUGCAUCAGAAAAAGAAAAUAUGGAAGGCAUCCCAAGUACGAUGAUAACAGUAGAGAGAAACAGACUACUUGAUGACGGUUAUCGUCAGCUGUCAUUGCUGUCGCCUACUGCACUCAAAGCAACCAUUCGUGUAAAGUUCAUCAACCAGCAGGGAUUAGAUGAAGCGGGUAUUGAUCAAGACGGGGUGUUUAAAGAAUUUCUGGAACUGACAUUGAAACGUGUUUUCAAUCCUGAUCUCAAUCUUUUCAAGUGUUCACCAAAUGGGCAACUUUUUCCUUCACCAACAUCAGAUCUGCAUGAAAAUCAUCUGGUUCUCUUCCAAUUUGUUGGUCGUAUGUUAGCCAAAGCUGUUUAUGAGGGUAUCGUUACUGAAGUGCAUCUUGCACCCGUAUUGCUAGCAACUGUAUUGAGUCGUAAAUUGUGUGCAUUUGAUGAGUUGUCGCAGUUGGAUCCGGAUCUUUACAAAAGUCUUACUUAUGUGAAACAUUAUUCGGAUUCGGAUGUUGCCGAUUUAUCACUGACUUUCUCAAUUAAUGAAGAUAUACUGGGACAUGUACGGACCAUUGAUCUGGUCCCAGGAGGUCAUGCAAUACAUGUUACGGAUGAGAACAAAAUAGCUUAUGUUCACAAAAUGGCACAGUAUCGCGUUUUCAAUCAAACAAAAGAGCAGUGUCAUGCUUUUGUGUCAGGAUUUCUCUCGGUGUUGAAUAACAGUUGGCUUUCAUUGUUUGCUCCGCAUGAACUUCAAUAUUUGAUUUCUGGGCAUUCGACUGAUAUUGACUUACACGAUCUUCGCAAGCAUGUGCAAUAUUACGGAGGUUUUCACAAUAAUCAUCGAGUCAUCAAAUGGCUUUGGCAAGUGUUGGAAAAUGAUUUUACUGCUGAAGAGCGUCGUCUGUUUUUGAAAUUUGUGACGAGCUGUUCUCGUGCACCGCUCUUGGGUUUUGCAUAUCUUGAGCCUCCUUUUUCGAUCCGUUGUGUUGAAGUAUCUGAUGACCAGGAUCAAGGCGACACUUUAGCAAGUGUUGUGCGUGGUUUUUUGGCUAUUAAGCGACGUCAGUCACCUUCACGACUGCCCACAUCCUCUACCUGUUUUAAUCUCCUGAAAUUGCCGAAUUAUGGCAAAAAGUCAGUUCUGUUGCAGAAAUUAAGGUAUGCUGUGCAUUCAGAAACAGGCUUUGAGCUUAGUUAA